UGGAAAACGACACUUGACCAUUAAUUAAUCUAGACAGUGAUUAGUACACACAUACACUGUAUAAAAUGAAAAGACUGGCUUUUUGCACUCUUACAUUCAUUAUAAUUUGGCUAUCAAUAAUUAAGGACAAGUCGAAUGCGUAUGAGAUUAAUGAAUACGCCAUAAAACGCAUCGAUGCUGCGACGAAAGUCGCUGAUCAGAAAUAUGACGUUGACCAUACUAUGAAUCCACCUGAAGUCCGGUAUGACAUAUUCCCGAGCUUGGACGAAACGUGGAAAAAUGAUGCUAAGUCAUAUUGCGUUCUUCCGUAUAUUCUUUUUGAUCCAUUGUGUCAGUUCAAUGCAUUUCUUGAUGGCAAUGUCGUAACUUGUCCUAAAUGUAAAGGAGACGACAAAAUGAGUAAAACCAAUAUGCCUGGUCAUCUAGUCAACACGAAAAUCUGGAAAAAUGGGCGGUUACAAAGACUAAAUCCUCGUGUCAUAUUUGAUCUCACUUCUCCCGUUAUACUGGUAUACAAACAGUACUCUUGUAAUCGAGGGCAUUAUGAAAUAAAUGGUGUAGAUGUUGACGUUUUAAAACAAAUUGAUAACUGCAACGUGUCAUUCACUCUAAGUCAUAAGUCGGGUUUCACAAACAGACUUGUCGACUAUUUAGAAGAGUUACUAGACACAGGUCUUAGCUCCACCCAGAUCUGUGAAAUUAUAAGGCGCUGUUACAAAAAAGCAUAUUACGAACGGGCGCAACGUUAUUACCAUGAUUUUAACGUUGCCAAACAUAUUGGUAUCACAGACGAUCAGGUGCAGAAUUUUCCGACAUUUGAACAAAUGGAUUUACCAUGUGUGGGGCAUACGCUGGUUGCGGGUGCAAUUAUUUCAAGAUUUAAGUCAGAAGAAGUACUUUACCAGCAGUAUUUUUCAUCAAUCCCUGCCAAGUGGAUUAGUUGUGAUCAUACAUUUAAAGCCACAUCAAACAUUGGAUAUUUACGCGAAAGCGAUAAAAAGUGGGUAAAACUAUUCCAAAGCUUAUUUUGUGUGUUAAAUGAAAAGGGUACAGUGAUACAGUGGAAAUUUACUAAAACAGAAUGUACAUCAGAGCUAGAAAAUGUAUUUUGGCAACUUUCACAACGAUUUACGGCACAAAAUAUAGUUUUAGAUGGAAUCUUCCUGGACAAUUGCUGCAAAUGGACACAAUUCUUGGGCAAAUAUUUCCCUGGUGUUUGUAUCAAGUUGGACAUUUUUCACGCGGUACAACGACUGGUACGGAAAAUACCAAAACGUUCUAAAUAUUCUUCUGACAUGGCUAAAGAAUACGGCUUAGUUUUUCGCCAACCAGUAGACAUUGGAAAAGAAAGGUCUUCACCAUCGCCUCCAGCUGACGUAAUCUUGAGAAACCUACAAAAAUUUUGCCUAAAAUGGGAGUCUAUACAAAGUGCAGCUGGUACGAAUGUUCUGACAAAAGAAAUGCUAAAAGAAAUACGGAACAUUAAGGUUCAUAUCAAUAAGGGCUGUUUAUCGGACAUACCUGUCGGUUGCGGAACAAACAGAAAUGAAAGGCUGCAUCGAGAUUUGAAAAAGAUUGUUGCCACAAAUCGGAUAGGUCUUCCUUUGUUGUACACAAAGAUGUUCAGAAUGCUUUACAGAUUGGCUCAAGAAAAAGAGAAAGAAAUACCAUCCAUUCACGAAAUAAAAGCCCCACUACAAAAAGAAAUGCUUUAA